AUGGCUAUUAUGAGAGCCCUGAAUAACAGAGAAAGCUUUUAGUAGAAACAAAACAAGAUCCAUUGAGAGAAACUUAAUCAAAGCCACUAAGUAUUAAUAUUCAACCUCAACAAAGACAUCCCUAAAAAAAAAAUCAAUUAAAAAAACUUCAGACCUUCUUCCUCAUUCCUCAUUCCCCGCUCUCUCUCACAUUCUUACCUGUCAUUUUCUCUUUUCAGCUGAUUAUUUCAUUCAUUUAUCUGAAUUUCCAUUUCUCUCUAGUUUUUCUUUCUUCCCUUAAACCACUCCCAUUUCUGGUUCCACUUUGUCCCAGAUUAAGGUUUUUUUCUGAGGCCCUGGAGAUCUUGUUUGCAUAUUUGGGAGAGUUGCAACUAAGACAACAUUCCAUAAUACUCAAAUGGGAGCAACUUUUUCAUUUACAUUUGCUGAUUUUGAUGAUUUCGAUAGUCAAGUUGAAGCUGUUCUUCUGAGAUCAAUUAGUUUUGGGGCAGAAAACACUAAGAGUGCCCUGUUACGGUCUGUAAGCUUCAAUGGCCGUGAGUCAGAACCUGUAGAAACUAUAUUGAAAUCUUAUGGUUCAGCCAAGUUUGUAUUAGAAGGCUCUCUUAGCUUCAAGGGGAGGAGAGAACUGGAGAGUAUGUUGUCCUUCAAAACACCUACUGCAAGUUUUGAGAACGAAGUGUUUGGUAGAACAAUAAGCUCAAAGAUUCGAGAUCUCGAAGAUCAAUUGUCGAAAUCAGAUACCUUCUCUGAAGAAAUAUUUCCUUCUCCAGUGGUGGAACCAGGUAACAAUAGAUACCAGGCAGCAUUAAAGUUACAAAAAGUUUACAAAAGUUUCCGAACCAGGAGGCGGCUGGCAGAUUGUGCUGUUCUUGUUGAGCAAAGAUGGUGGAAGCUGCUAGAUUUUGCUGAACUCAAACGGAGUUCAAUAUCAUUUUUUGACAUUGAGAAACAUGAGACUGCUGUUUCACGCUGGUCCAGAGCAAGGACCAGGGCUGCCAAGGUAGGGAAAGGUUUGUCUAAGGAUGAAAAGGCUCGCAAACUCGCGUUACAGCAUUGGCUUGAGGCAAUAGACCCUCGACAUCGUUAUGGUCAUAAUCUUCAAUUCUAUUAUGCCAAAUGGCUUCAUUGUGAAAGUGGGCAGCCUUUUUUCUAUUGGCUUGAUAUAGGAGAUGGAAAAGAAGUUAACCUAGAGAGAUGCCCUCGACCGAAGCUUCAUCAGCAAUGCAUCAAGUAUCUUGGUCCUGCAGAAAGAGAGAUUUAUGAAGUGGCAGUAGAAAAUGGGACGUUUAUCUACAAGAAAAGUGGGAAAGUUCUUGAUACAACAGAAGGACCCCAAGAUGCUAAGUGGAUAUUUGUUCUCAGCACAUCAAAGACAUUGUAUGUUGGCAUGAAGAAAAAAGGCACGUUCCAACAUUCGAGCUUCUUAGCAGGUGGAGCCACAUUGUCUGCUGGAAGAUUAAUAGUGGAAGAUGGUAUUCUAAAGGCAGUUUGGCCUCACAGUGGGCACUAUCUUCCUACCGAAGAAAAUUUUCAGGAGUUCAUGACAUUCCUUGAAGAACAUAAUGUUGAUCUAGCUAAUGUAAAGAAAAGCCCAAGUGAUGAGGAAACUACAGGCUUUUUCUCCAAAGCAAACAGUCUAUCAAAGCCACCUUCAAUUAAGAAUUCAGGAACAACGCAUUCAGAAGUCUCAGGCACUGAUUCAACAGGUCAGGACCCUAAUGCAGCAGAGAAUCAAAAUCUCAUGUCUAGAUUGCCAAGCAAGCUAUGCUCAAAGCUAACCACGCUCGAAAUACCAACCCGAAACAACCUUGUUUUUGACAUUUUCAAGAAGGAAACACUCCCAACAAGUUGUCACAGCGAUCAUCGCCGUCUACAUUCUACUUCUGAAGAAGAGUCUGGCUAUGAAACAGCCGAGGAAUCAUUCCUAACAGAGGAAGAUUUCAUGUUCCCGAAAUCUAAUUUGUUUGAAGACGAUGAUGAAGAAGAGGAGGAUGAGAAACCAAUCAUCCCAAAAGAGAAAAUCAUGAAGAGGAUAGUUUCACACAAGGGGAUGAAGUCUUAUCAGUUGGCUCAGCAGUUAUCAGCUAGAUGGUCAACUGGAGCUGGGCCUAGGAUUGGUUGCAUGAGGGAUUACCCUUCAGAGCUUCAGUUCAGAGUUUUGGAGCAAGCGAAUUUGUCUCCUAGAUCGAAAGGUUCGUCCUCAUCUCCUAGGAACCCAUCUCGGUUAAGUCAGAGAGCCUUAACAAAUCAAAAUUCUCUACGUAGAGAAAUAGUUAAUGCAGUUUUAACUCCUCAGUUUGAUAAAAAACAAGAACCAUAGACUGACAAACUUAUAUUUUCAUGUGAAGUUAGAAAAAGGCACUAUAGGAGUUGAGUUGAGUUGGUUUGUGUCCUUUUUCUAUGUCAUUCUUUUAUUGGUUUUGUUUACAUACCUUAUUUACUUUUUAUUUUGUGAUAAUAAAAUAGGAAUGAGAACAGAAAAGGGCUUCUGUUAGCUUCACUAACUGCUCUCGUUUUAGAUUAUAUUUUAGUGCUAUGCUAUUAUCAUACAAAAGGAAAGAAGAAACUAGAGGGCAUGUUCUGUUCUUUGUAAUCCUACUAUUUUAUUUAGAUAACUAAAGAAAAGCAAUUCUAGCUCUCUUUCAUUUUAC